AUGUCUGAUUUCCGGUUGGCCACAGGUUCAGAGAUCUUUUCAAGAUCCACCACCUACACGGUGCAGUCCAUCCUUGGACAGGGCUCCUUCAGCACAAUCGCAAAGUGCACCAACAUGUGCGACAACACGACUGUUGCAAUCAAGACAGUCAAGUACAAGGACACUUUUGUCCAUGCAGCAAAGGCAGAGGUGAGAGGAGCAAACUAGCCGUGCUAACUUAAGACUCAGACAGAUUGUCUCUAUCUACAGUAUCUGAUCACUGCUCUUUAAUUUGUGUAAAUCUAAAAUAAAACCUGUCUGUCAUCUUAAAAUUGUCAGUGCUUGACUCGGACAAGUCCAACAUACUUCAAUGGGACAAAGCCUUCACUGACAGAGGACAUUUUUGUCUGGCGUUUGAGCACUUUGACAAAAGCCUCCAUGAUUUUAUGAAGGAGAAAUAUUUGGAGUCUCUCCUUCUGAGGGAGAUCAGACCGAUCAUCCAGCAGGUAUGAACGACUGCAUUUAUUUCUGCUUUUAAACAAGAACAAAUACUGAUGUUCAAGUUACAUCCUGAGCUUUGUUGUUAAAUUAAUGACCUAAUGACGUCUUAGGUCGCCAAUGCUCUGGAUCAUUUGAAGACCAUCGGCAUGAUCCAUGCAGACCUUAAGCUGGACAACGUGAUGCUGGUUGAUCAUGAACAUCAGCCCUACAAAGUCAAAGUGAUUGACUUUGGUCUGGCAGGAGAUGUGUCUGCAACAAGAUUGGGCUCAAAUAUUCAGACCCAUCCAUUCAGGUGAGGAACCAGAACCAUGCCUGCUAUAAAAGCUGCUUAUAGGGGCUUGCAUGUCAACACAUGUUUUGUUGGAGGAUCAGCUGUAUCACAUGUAGAAUUGAUAUGUGAUAUGUCUUUGUGUAUGCAUCUAUCAUGGUUGUUUUACCUCUUAAAGAUCUCCAGAGAUUCUUGAGGGGCUUCCCCACACAGAGGCCAUUUUUUGUUAUUUUGCUCUAAUUUUUUGUUAUUUUGCUUGUGACAGCCAUUAAAGGGCAGUAAUUCUCCUACUUUGACUAUGACAAGAUUGAAAAUUCAACAUAGGCACCUUGUUGGGAAUUGUCCCAUACAUAUCUUGUAAAAAGCAAACUUUGCCCUGGAGGUAGCAGCUAACAAACACACUUUCUGUUUAGACUGAGACGAUGA